CGUGAAAUGGGUGCUGCUGGCCCUUUAAGAGGAGCGGGGGGGAGGCGCGCCGAGCAUCCUGGCUGCGGUGUUUUUGUCUGUCUGUCAGUGAGCGCUCCCGGGGCCGAAGCGGCUGGAAGGAUUUAUCAAAACGGGGGGCAGGUGCGAGUAAUCUGCUAGCAGCCUCCUUCCUAAAAUGGCUCAAGUGCUGCACAUGGACCCCGGCUUCCCAGGGAAGCUCAGCUCGCCAGCUCCCCCCUCCUUGCGCGGCAAGGAACAGGAGGCACCCUACUCAGUGGAGACCCCCUACGGCUACCGUCUGGACCUGGACUUCCUCAAAUAUGUCAACGACAUCGAGAAGGGGAACACCAUCAAGCGGGUGCCCAUGCAACGGCGGCCGCGCUACGGCUCGCUGCCUCGCGGCGGCGGCGGCGGUUACACCGGCUCCUGGUGGACCUCCACCGAGUCGCUGUGCUCCAACGCCAGCGUGGACAGUCGCCACUCGUCUUUCUCGUACUGCGCUCCGGGCUACCACAGGCCCAACUUCAGCACCGCCCGCGUGGAGAAGACCUUGUUGGAUGCGCGGCGGAAGCUGGAGGAGGAGAAAGAAGGAAGGCGCUUCUCCAACCUGGGCAGCAUGCACAGCAGCGUGGCGGGCUCCAACACCUCCAUUAGCAGCGCGCAAAGCUACAACCGAGCCCACGGGGCAGGAGGGGGCGGGGGUGGCGGUGGAGGGGGGGGAACUUUUACUCCAAUGAACUCUGGACUGUCCACCCCGGUCACGCCCACUCCGGCGCACCUGCAGCACGUCCGCGAGCAGAUGGCGGCUGCCCUCCGGAAGAUCCGAGACCUGGAGGAGCAGGUGAAGACCAUCCCCGUGCUGCAGGUGAAGAUUUCCGUGCUGCAGGAAGAGAAGCGGCAGCUCAGCGUCCAACUGAAGAGCCAGAAGUUUCUGGGCCACACCAUGGGCUUCAACCGAGGCCGCGGCCGAGGAGAGCUGUACAUCGACAUUCCGGAAGAAGAAGUCGGCGCGGGAGCCAAGGAUGCCGACAAGCCGUCGGGGCCGACGUGUCCCGCCGCGCCGGAAGGCUCCAAACAAGACUCGGGAUGCGAGAUCGAGGACACGGUUAUCGUGGGCGGGGCCCGACCGGAUUCUAAACGGGAGCUGCGCACCAUCGGAGUGGGACCGGAGGGCGAGAAGAGCAGUCGCCAGGUCGGGGUGGGUGUUCGGGAGGUGGAUCUGGGGCUCCUACCCGAGGCCGAGGCUCUGAAGAACCAAGUGGUUCAUCUGGAGGGGCAGCUCAAAAGAAUGAUGGAGGAGCUGCGAGCCACGUCCGCCGAGAAGGACAAGGGUCCUCGGGCCGAGCGUCCGGUGAGGGCCACCACCAUGGGCUGGCAGGAGCUGCAGGACGGCAACCUGCAGACGGUGGUCAGCUUCACGCAGCAGUGCCCGCAAAGGGAACAGAGGACCGUCGGCAUCCAAGUGUACACGCUGGAGCAGCCCACUGUGGUGGAGGUGGGCACUCUGCUCCGAGCGGUCCGCUGCAGCUCCCCGUUGCCGCUGUUGGAGGGCCACCGCCGAGGACAAUCUGACGACUUGGCAGAAGCCGCGCUGGGGUUGCCGAUUGCGGUCAGCUCCAAGCAAGUGCGCGACGUUCUCAAGAGCGAGUUGUCCACAUCCACGCCCGUAUCCAACCCCGCCGUUGUCGUCGGCACGGCCGGCAAUCAGAUUGCCGCCGUGUACUUCAAAGAGGGCGAGACUCGCCUGGAAACCGGCGCGGAGACGCUUCAAGACGGCCGCGCCGCAGCCUCGUCUCCCCAAUCCUCUCUGAGGUCCAUCAUGAAGCGGAAAGCAGAGGGCGAACCGGGCUCUCCGUCGACCAAGAAAAACCUCCAGUUUAUUGGCGUUAAUGGCGGUUAUGAGUCGACGUCAUCUGAUGACAGCAGCAGCUCGGACGAGGAGAGCGACUCCAGCGAGUAUCACGAAGCCAGGGAAAAACUGCCAGAGUGCACCGCCGACCACCAGCAGUACUCCCGGCCUCUAGAGGGCGACGUACCUCGCCAGACAACCGUCCAUUCGUUGGACAGGCGCUCCGACUCUCCGCCAGCAACGGCGGACAAAUCACAACCGUCACUGGCGACCGAGGCCGUGGCUCCAGAAUGUCGCCCCCAGACGUCGACGCCUGGCGCCAGCCCGCCUUCCCCGUGCCCGGCCAACGCUUCUGCCUGCCAAGAGCCCGUCGGCACGACGUCGGCCACCAGCACUGAAUCAAUGUCGCCCGUUACCUCCUCGGCGGUCCCUCAAUGUGCCACUCAAAGUUCAGAGAUUACCGGGCAGCAGGCGGACACCGGCGAGCCCUCCGGCCAAUCGGAAUCUGAGCUUGCGUCCGUGAGCGUCCCCGCAAAACAAGUCAGGUUGGAACUAAGUGACAGCCUGAAGUCGGCUCUUUGUGACCUUCAAAAGGCCCUCGGAGAGCCCAACGCCUUCAGCCAGCAAGAAGCGAGGGAGGCGUACACCGGCGUGCUGCAGGAGUGGCUCCGCGUGUCGUGCCACAAGGCGGCGGACGUGACGGCGGUCCAGGCCUACAUGGACGCUUUCGCCGCCAUCUCGCCUCAGUUGCUGCAGUUUGUCAUCAACAUGGCGGACGGCAACGGCAACACGGCGCUGCAUUAUACCGUCUCGCACUCGAACUUCCCCGUGGUGAAACUGCUGCUUGACACCGGCCUGUGUAAUGCCAACAAGCAGAACAAGGCGGGCUACACGGCCAUCAUGCUAACCGCUCUGGCUGCCUUCCACUCGGACGGUGACCUUCAAGCUGUCCUGCAGCUGUUGCGCACUGGGGACGUCAAUGCCAAGGCCAGCCAGGCGGGUCAGACGGCACUGAUGCUGGCGGUCAGCCACGGGCGGGGGGAUAUGGUGCGGGCCCUUCUGUCCUGCGGGGCCCAAGUCAACAUCCGCGACGAAGACGGCUCCACGGCGCUCAUGUGCGCCUGCGAGCACGGUCACGUGGACAUUGUGCGACAGCUACUGUCUGUGCCUGGCUGUGACGCCACCCUCACUGAUAACGAUGGCAGCACUGCGCUCUCCAUCGCUCUGGAGGCCAGCCAGAACGACAUCGCCGUGCUUCUCUACGCUCACCUCAACUUUGCCAAGCCUCCUUCCCCCGUUUCUCCAAAAUCUCCUCUGCUGGGCUCUUCUCCGCCAGCCGGUGAAACAAAAUAGAAAGUCUUCCCCUUGUUAUUUAAAGCACAUGAUGAUCAAGUGAUGGCCGCGCGACCCACCAAAUACCGCCGUUAUCAGCUGCCGGGCCUCUCACAGCCGUUGCUUUUUGUUGUUGUAGUUGUUUUGUAUUAUGAGCGACUGAACGCCACUAAAAUAACACGAGUGUUUGGAAGAACGUGAUGUCAGCACAUGUGGGAUAACUGGCGCCGCCCUCUCGUGUUUCAAAAAGUGUCCUUGAUCGGUUGCGUCCACUUUCUCACCACCGCAACUGUUUUAUCCGUAUUUAUACACCAAAUGUUAUACACUCUCCAUUUUUUUUCCCCUUCCUAAAUCUGCUUUACCUCAGGACCUUAGCGGACGACUAUUUUUAUUUGAUUCACACCAGCCAAAAAAAUGAAUACGUUUGAUGAAGGUACAGCAGUGUUUGUUUUCAUCCACAAAGGUUGAAAGCCAAACGGAAGAGUUGAACUGUAAUUGUACGUGGACAGCGGGAGGAAGCAAUACGCUGAGCAGUCUGCUGCGGUCUCGAAUGAAGGAAUAGAAACGGAAAGUGACUGAGGAGGACGGACUGUGUAAGUUAUAUGGAAAUAAUAUAUGUCCCUUUCAACUGGUAGCUAUCACACCGAAAUUCAAAGUGCAUUGGCGCUUGAUGUCGACAUUUCAGAGACUUUUUAGUCCCGCUAAACUUUCAUAUUUACUUUGGAGCAAGUCAACGUUUUAUAAAAGGUGUUUCAUGAUAGCAUCUUUUUUUUCUGUUUGUUUGUUUUUUGAAAUACACGUUGGGUUUUUAAGCUCACACCCGUUCUAUGUAACCGCACAGCUCUUAAGUAAAGCUCAUUUCUGAUGAAGGUUUAUCUGCAAAUUUUAGACUGUUUCUUCUCUUGUGCAUUUUUUGGGGGGGAAGAACUAUGAAUAAAUACGGACCUCACUUUC